ACAAAUCCCACUCUCGUCAGGGUUUUAUUAUAAAGAGAGCAGAGAGAGAGAGAGACACAGAGACACAGAAACACAGAGAGAAGAGGCAGAUCAGACUUUAUAAAUGGCCGAAGAACCCAAAACGUGGUCGUCCAGCUCGCAACCUUCUUCUACACCUAAAUCGCCCGAAGAAAUUCUCCAGAAACCUCAGGUUCCACCACUCUCUGGGCUUCCAUCUUUCCCAAAUGGUGAUUUUCAGAUGUUACCAAUCAUGUACCCACUUCUUGUUCCUGGGUUAAAUCCUUUACAAGAUCAGGAGCAGAUGAACCGUGGAGCAGGCAUAUAUGCUGUUCCUGUUCACCCAUUUAUGGGGCCAGUUACAGGAGUUUCAUCUAACACUCUGAUUCCGCUUACCUACAACAUACCCACAACUAGAGCAAGUCCAGAGGUUGGCACUGUAGGGGAGCAGCAAGGCCAAGAGGGAGAACAACAACAACAGCAGCAACGUCAACAGCAACAGCCUGCACAUCAGAGACAAGUGGUUGUGAGGAGAUUUCAAAUAGCAUUUCAGCUUGAUGUGUUGCUUAUUGUGAAGCUUGCAGCUGUAAUAUUUCUAUUCAAUCAAGAAGGGUCUAGACAAAGGCUUGUUGUCCUUGUGAUUGUCGCUUCAAUUGUCUACUUAUAUCAAACUGGCUCGCUCACACCAUUAGUACGAUGGCUCUCUCAAGGCAUGCAUAGGGCAGCUGUGCCUCCUCAUCCCCCAAGGCCUGUAGCCAGGGCCGGAAAUGUUCCUCCUGCUGCAAGGCAGGGGGUUGACAAUGCUGCUUUGGCAGAUGGACAGCCGGGAGCCGAGAAUGAGAAUCGGCCUGCAGAUGAUGGAAAUCAGGCGCUUGAAAAUGAGAAUGUGCCAGCACCUGAUGGAGCCAAUGGUGGUAACCGCUGGUGGGGAAUUGUUAAAGAGAUUCAGAUGAUCGUUUUCGGCUUCAUCACUUCACUUCUCCCAGGUUUUCAUAAUAUAGAGUAGUAGAUCAUAUGCAGCGGAGUAGUCUGUUGAACAAACUGUGGAGCUGGCAACUCUUCUUUUAUAUAGAUAUAUAUAUUAAAGAAAGUAGAUGUAUUUGUAACAGAUAUUGUAAUUUUCCUUCUCUUAUUGGUGGGAGUGCUUUUCAGCUCUCCUUCCAAAUUGUAUGAAUUACGUCUGCAGUUGCUUAAUCUUUCGGCUGCCUUCCGGUUCUCUUGUAUUUUCUUUGUA